UAACUAGACAUUGACAGUGACGGCAAGCAAGCAAUCACGAAUUUAUUUGGCGGGCUUGUGUGCUUUAAGGGUAAAUAAAUCUAUAUAAGUUACUUGGAAUUAGUUUAUUUGUUUUGAAGUUUAUUAUUAGUGACAAUUGACAAGAUGGGAGAUUUGCAGAAAAUUCGUUUAGACGUUAGCAAUGCCUUCAAACUGAGCGGUUUUACGAUUCGACGAGAGGCGACGACUUUUGUUGCAGAACAGCUUCUUCCACUAUCAGUACAAGAAAGACAGAAGAUACUGGACAAGCUGACGGCUCAUCUACUCCAUCAGUGUCUCUCACAACCUGUUCUUGAAAAGGAACACGUAGAAACAGCUUUUAAAGAAUGUAGUUCACAUGGACCUGAAGAAACCGAAACAAUUUUGAAUGUAAUCGACGCGUUCAGUAUCCCAAAGCUGAAUUACGACAAUGAGAGGAAGAAAUUCGUAAAGGACGUGUUAUGUACUAAUAAUUUGUAUCCUGACCCGAAGUGGAAGGCGCAGUUUUUGAUUGAUAGGUAUAUGGUUAUAUGGCAGAGGACUAUUAGAAAUAAGCUCUUCGCCCAAGAAUGUUUACCAAGUAUGGUUGAAGAGAAGAGGUUUAAAUUACGCAAAAUUGAAGUGUUACUCAGUUCUUCGAGUAAAAUAGAUGAAGUGAUUGUGAUGGGGUUAUUGACACAACUGACAGAGGGCAAAUUUUAUUUAGAAGACCCAACUGGAAGUGUUGUACUAGACAUGACUCAGACCAGAUAUCAUUCAGGUCUGUUUACUGAGAACAGUUUCGUGUUGGCAGAAGGAUAUUAUGAAGACAAAGUUUUGUAUGUUAUGGGACUUGUUUUGCCACCAUCUGAAAGUCGGGCAACAUCAUUACCCUAUUUUGGUAGUUUAAAUACUUUUGGAGGCAAAUCAAAGAGUUUGUUGAAAAACUCUCAAAGCUUACUUAAAAUUGAGCAGGAAAAUGAAGAUGGUAUGAUUAUAUUUUUAUCAGAUGUAUGGCUUGAUAGUCCUAAAGUAUUGGCAAAGUUAAAAACAUUGUUUUCAGGGUUCAAUGACUUUUCUCCAAUGGCUAUUGUACUUAUGGGAGAAUUCCUGUCAUGUCCAUAUGGCUAUGAACAUAGCACACAGCUUAAAUCAGCAUUAACAAAUUUAGCAGAUAUUAUAAAUCAAUUUUCAAGGUUAAAAGAAACAUGCAAAUUUAUAUUUAUACCUGGGAGAGGGGAUCCAGCAGCUGCAAAUAUAUUACCAAGACCACCAAUUCCGAACUCUAUUACUACAGACAUAAGAGACAAAUUGGGUGAUUCAGUAAUCUUUACAACAAACCCUUGUAGAAUACAAUAUUGUACACAAGAGUUGAUAAUUCUGAGGCAAGAUUUGGUAAUGAAAAUGUGUAGGAAUUCAAUACAUUUUCCUGAGACUGGUGAUAUACCGGACCAUUUGAUAAAAACAUUGCUUAGUCAGUGUUCUUUGUCUCCUCUGUCUUUAGGAGUCCAACCGGUGUAUUGGAAACAUGCUGAUGCAUUAAGUUUGUAUCCUAUGCCAGAUUUGGUGGUGGUUGCUGAUCAUUUUCAGCCGUACACCAGAGCUUACCAAGACUGUCAGCUUGUGAACCCUGGAUCAUUCCCACGUACAGAGUUUUCUUUUAAAGUCUAUAUUCCUUCCAGUAGAACUGUUGAGGAUUCCCAGAUACCUAAGGAAGAUUAAUCGGAGAAAUGGCAGAAUAGCAAUAGAUAGUAACCAUCAGUCAAGUUAGAAACUGACUCUGUGUCGAUCUUCUCUUGUAGAUAUGAAACACGACUAGGAAUGUGCGUGUAGACCCAAGUGUUUUGUGUGGUUCAGCCCUAAAAUUGGACCACUCCUAUCCUCUAAUGGAUGUCGUUCGUGGCUAUUACGGGAUUAGAACCCACGACAGCGGAUUUUGACAACGGCAUACUCAAAGUGGGUUGGUGUCAAACAAGCGAUCAGUUGUAAAAUCACAGCCAAAUCUUGAAACUUUCUAGGUUAUAUUUAAAUACAAAGGCAUAGACUAAUUUGGCCUACAGUUUCAGUUAGUUUGGAUACAAAAGGAUUGUACUUUUGGUGCGCCUUGGAAAUAUUGCCCGGGGCCUUUGUAAUGCUAAAAUCUUCAAUACCAAGUUGAGUGGGUUGAUUGACUUUGCUAAUAAGACUACUGAGAGUUUGUACAUAAUGAAAUAAAGUAUUUAUGUUCUAA